UGAUGGUGGACAGUGAGGCGGCAGCAUGUUGAUGAUGAUGAUGAUGAUGAUGAUGAUGAUGAUGAUGAUGAUGAUGAUGAUGAUGGCAGCUCACAGCUUCACUCAGGAGUAUCUCCAGAUCCCCGUGGUGACACGAGCGUACACGACCGCCUGCGUCCUCACCACCGCCGUGCAGCUCGAGGUCGUCGGCCCCUUCCAGCUCUAUUUCAACCCCGAGCUCAUCAUCAGACGAUAUCAGGUAACGUUCAUAUUUACUAUUUGUAAAUAAACACCUUGACAUCGUCAUAUUAACGCGUUUUUUUAAAUUACUCCCUCGUCUCAGAUAUGGCGCCUGGUCACCAACUUCCUCUUCUUCGGUUCCCUCGGAUUCAGUUUCCUGUUCAACAUCAUCUUCCUUUAUCGUUACUGCCAGAUGCUGGAGGAAAGCUGCUUCCGGGGGCGGACGGCGGAUUUCGUUUUCAUGUUCCUGUUUGGAGGAGUCGUCAUGACUCUGUUUGCUCUGCUGGCCGACGUCUUCCUCCCGGGCCAGGCCUUCAUCGUCAUGCUGGUGCACGUGUGGAGCCGACGUCUUCCUCCCGGGCCAGGCCUUCAUCGUCAUGCUGGUGCACGUGUGGAGCCGACGUCUUCCUCCCGGGCCAGGCCUUCAUCGUCAUGCUGGUGCACGUGUGGAGCCGACGUCUUCCUCCCGGGCCAGGCCUUCAUCGUCAUGCUGGUGCACGUGUGGAGCCGACGUCUUCCUCCCGGGCCAGGCCUUCAUCGUCAUGCUGGUGCACGUGUGGAGCCGACGUCUUCCUCCCGGGCCAGGCCUUCAUCGUCAUGCUGAUGCACGUGUGGAGCCGACGUCUUCCUCCCGGGCCAGGCCUUCAUCGUCAUGCUGGUGCACGUGUGGAGCCGACGUCUUCCUCCCGGGCCAGGCCUUCAUCGUCAUGCUGGCGCCGUUCCUCCCCUGGGUGCUCACGACCUCCUGGGUACAGUAUGGAACAUUUCACCCUCCAGCAACAAAUGAAACCAGAACAUGUUGGCUUCGUCUCUGGAGGAAGAAAUGCAGGAACAUGAACUACACUGUCAGACUUUCAGCAGAUCAAAAUGGAUCCUGUGUCCAAUUUAAAGUUCAUAAAUCAGAUCAGAACCACAUGAAGGACGGAGACACGCAAAUAAAACAAACUGCUGAAACUCAUUGAGGAUAUUUUUUUUUUAUGGUUUUCCAUCACAAAUACCAAAAACAAAUUCCCUCCUACUGUUUUCAACAUUUCAACGCAGACUUUAUUUUCGUCGAAGUCGAGUUUCAGGGUCACAAGCAGAAGAUCAACGGAUCCUGUUUUCGUCUCGCGCUCGAUGUCACGAAAUUGAUUGUAGACGACAAACUGCAGCAGAUCCACGACCGUACUUCUGCUCAGAGCAAAGUCAACUUUUAUUUGCUUAACAAGAAUCAUCAGUUCCUGAGAACUGAAUAAAGUGUUUUUGCAGAACGUUAAAAUUGCACGCUAAAUUUAGACAAUUUUAUGAUAAUUUGUUUUAAAUUUUCCAAGUU